GAGCCACUGUCACAAGCAGAGUCACUUCGGAAUCUAGUUGACAACGCUUUGGUGAAUCUCGAGGACCAAUUUUCACAAACCCUCAACUGCUGUUGUCAGACAUCUGUCCACAACACAAUAUAACACACAAAACAUUCACAUCAAGGUCCUCAUUUAAGGAUGAAAUUUUGCAUGGCCGAUAGCAGCAGCGAGGAUAGCUCCAACAUGAAAGAGACGUUUGGUUCGAACAAGGAACAUGUUGCGCUUGUGAAAACUUCUGUUCUGGGGUGCAUUUGUAACUUCUUUCUUCUGCAUGCCCUCUGGAAGAGGCGGAAACCCUGAUACACUCGAACCCAGCUGUUUCUUCUGCAUCUGUGCCUGGCUGACCUGGUGGCCACUUUCUUCCAAGUCCUGCCACAGUUCUUCAUGGAAAUUACACACGGAUUCAAAGGCUCUGAUUUGCUGUGCAGAUCAGUAAAGUACCUAUAAGUGAUCGGAAUUUUCGCAUCCACUUACAUGAUCGUGGCCAUGACCAUAGCUCGCUAUUAUGCGGUCUGCAGACCCAUGGAGUCAUUCUUCACAGGCUCUUUCUGCAGGCAUGUUGCCAAAUGCGCAGCAUGGCUCAUCUCCCUGGCAUUCAGCAUUCCACAAGCGUUCAUCUUCUCUCUCCAAAAAGUUGGGAAGGAUGUUUACUACUGCUUGGCGACCUUUACUGAGCCCUGGGGAAACAGAAUUUACAUAACCUGGGUCACUUUGUCUCUGUUUGUUCUGCCAGCUGUGAUCUUGAUGUAUUGUCAGAUAAAGAUAUGUGCUGGGAUUUAUUUCAGUACGAAGAGAAAAACCUUGCAGGGCUGCACUGAUGAUGGAUGCACCAGAACUAAAGGAGUAUCGAGUACAUUUAUCAUCAUCCUGGUACGCAUCCUCUGCUAGCCUUUUUUCAUGGUACAGUUGUGGUCAGCAUGGAGUCCAAUCAGGGCACCCACAGAAAGUCAGUAAAACUUACAGUCUGGUCCAAAAGUUUAAAAAAAAAUUUAAAAAAAACUAUUUUGCUUUCUAAUAAUUUAAUACAGUUUUUAUUACAAAUUAUUGGAAUAACAGUUUCAGUGAUAUGCUGAAUAGAAAAAUUUACAUGGAUUUCAACUAGGGAUGCACCGAUGUAUCGGCCAGUUAUUAACCAAAUUAAAACCAUCGGCAAAUCGGUUUUAAGCAUGAAAACACCAAUAUGAAAAACUGAUGGUUUAUUCAUAAUUAAUUAUCAACACAUUUUUCUAAAUUGUAAAACUCUGUGAAUUCAAAUGCGCAAUCUAAAAACAAUGAUAGCCACAGAAUGUAGAAGGGUUGGCACUCCUAAGAACAUUUAAUUUUUAAUAAUUCUCUUUCUCACAUUAAUGAGAAAAAUAACAUUGGUAUUUGACAGUUGUGGAAGCGACACUUACCUAUACAUGAUGAGGUAAAAUCAUCCAAAACAAAUUCAAAUCAGCAAACUAUGACUUCGGAGACAUUGGUAUGGUAUCCAUUAAGGCUGUGCGAUUGAUUGAGCUAAGAUUGAAAUAGCAGUUUGGUCUUGUGCGAUUACUAAAUUUUGAAGUAAUAAUUGCAACAUGUCUUAGUGUUUUGGCCCCCUAAUUCAGUUUAAUUAUAGUUAAUGAUAAUCAGAAGUUUUUACUCUAACAUUUUUUAACUGUUUUUCUCAAUAUACUAAAUACAUAUCAAUAAACCAAAAUGGUUCAAGUCUGUUAGGCAAUGUUUGACCAAAGGAACACAUUUGUUUAAUAUUUUAUGUGUAUACAGUGUUGGGUAGUAAUGGACUACAUGUAAUCGGGGUUAUGCAAUCAGAUUACAAAAAUCAAGUACUUGUAAUUAGAUUAGGCUACAUUAAUCUAAUUACAUACUGUCACAAUAUAUUUGAGGAAGGACCCAAGGUGCAGGAUGGCAAUGAAAGGCAUUUUAUUGAAAUGAAAAACCAACAAAAUACAAACAAAACUCUCAAGAGGGAGAAAUAAAAGACAAAAAUAUAACUGAAAACAAACCGACUAGGAAAACUAAACCAAACAGGAAACAAAAACUUACUAGGGAGAAAAACAAAACAAGACAAAAGGAACUGAGAACGAACCGACUGGAUAACAGGACAGGAUACAAACAACAUGACUGGAACUGGAGACUGAACAUAGCACAACGAUCUGACGGGGAAGACAAGACAAAAGAAGAGAAUAUAAAGAGGAAGGGAAGACUGAACACAGGUAUUGCCAAUAAUAACAAGCAGCGCGAAUGACUGCUGCUGAGAGCACCUGUGGGAAACAGGAGGGAAAGAGGAAAACAAAAGCACAUGGAGAACCUGAGAGAGAAGUGGAGGAAACUGUUACAAUCCUGCCACAUCACAAAUUAAAACCAGACCAAAUGGCAAGAUCAUGACAGUUUUGAUUCUGUUUCAUACUUAAAUAUACCAUUUGUACUACAGUUAGAGAGAUCUGUUAGGUUUUCAUUUUUAUAAGUUUACAGUGCUGUAAAAAGUAUAACUGUUUAAUAUCCAGAUUUUCAUUGGUUGUUCGGACAAAGUUUUCUUUAUAUGAGUAAUUGGUUUCCCCUCCCUGCACUCUUUUGUGUCAUAAUUAUGCUCUUUGACUUGCAUGUAAUGAACCAGCCAUUGUAGAAUCAAGACUUGACUAUCUGUGACUGAUACACAUCAUACUGUAAAUUCUAAUGAACAGUACUCGUAUUUAAAGAAUAUCAACAAAGAUUGAGCAUAAUUAUCAUGUAGAAUUGGGGUCAUGCAGUGGGUUUUUUUCAUUUAAGGAGCAUAAAAGGUUUGGAAACAUUGUCAAUCCUUUUAAAUGACCUUUUUAAACUUAGAGAUUGACCUUUGGCCAGUGCAAUCAAUUUAAUGUCAUAAAAUUAUGUUAUUUUUCAUUCCUAAUGAAAAUGCAGAUAAAGACGUCUUUAAACCGUUAGGUUUGCUCAAAAUUCUGUGUAAAGACGCAAUGCUACAUAAAAGCCAAGCUAUGCUCUGACCCACAUCGGCCCCUAGUAUCAAAGGCUCUUCUGAUGUUGCUUUGGUUCUGUGUAAAUAAAAUGCAGCCUCAGAGCAGCCUUAAACUUUUUUGUUGUCAGGAUAGAGCAUAUAUUUCAUAAUUUAGUUUCAUAUUUGAAAGUUUAACUUCAUAUUUUCAUUCAUUUCAUAUUUUUAUAUUCAUAAUUUUAUUUGUAAAACAUUAAUCUCAUAACAUUAUAUAUGCUGUUGUAAUUGCUGUGUAAAUGCAUUUACGCCUGCUCUGAGCAUAAAACUGUGUAAAUACACCUAAAUGCCACUUCAGAUGCAGCUUCUGUGCCACCUUUUCAGUGUAAAGAGUAAAUGUAUUGGCUACUUGAGGAUUACAAUUCUGUGUGAUGGUUACUAUAGUGAAUGAAUGUAAUGACAACCAAUACCACAAACAUCUUAACAGUAGCGGAUCCUGGCAUAGGCGAUAUAGGCAGCUGCCUAGCGCGGCAGCGCUCUCUUGAAUUCUGCCAUUUCCUGCCCCUGACAACCGUUGUCACCGCCAUCAUUGACUGAAGGAAUUUAAGACAUUGAUUGGAGAGAGAAAUUGGGGCCUGGGUAGCUCAGCGUGUAUAGACGCUGACUACCACCCCUGGAGUCACAAGUUCGAAUCCAGGACGUGCUGAGUGAAUCCAGCCAGGUCUCCUAAGCAACCAAAUUGGCCAGUUUGCUAGGGAGGGUAGAGUCACAUGGGGCAGCCUCCUCGUGGUCUCUAUAAUGUGGUUCUCGCUCUCGGUGGGGCAUGUGGUGAGUUGUGCAUGGAUGCCAUGGAGAAUAGCGUGAAACCUCCACACGCGCUACGUCUCAGCAGUAACACGCUCAACAAGCCACUUGAUAAAAUGCGCAGAUUGACGAUCUGAGAUUCGUCCUCCGCCACCCGGAUUGAGGCGAUUCACUGCGCCACCACGAGGACUAAGAGCACAUUGGAAAUUGGGCAUUCCAAAUUGGGGAGAAAAAUCAACAACAGCAAAAAAAAAAAGAAAUAUGCCAAAUGUCCUGUAAAAUAAAGAAUCGUCUCGUGAUUAAGGGAAAAAAUUGCGUUGUGUAUAAAAUCCAUGCGAGAUGCCAUUUGUCCCGUAUUUUAGCGUCACACACCCAAACUGCUGAGAAUGUUUCACAAAUUGAGAGAAAUUGACCUGAAACACACUCUUUUCGUUGAGUUGUGUGAGAUAUUGAAUGUUGCUUUACACUGAUGAUCGGUGACGAUUAGCGCAUGUUUUCUGUCAGAAGCAAGAUAAUUUUGUCAAAAUCAUAUAGCAUUAGAGUGCAUGUUAAUUGUUUCCCACCAUUGGGAUUUUAAAACACCAGUAAACACACCUAUUCAUGACAUGCCAUUACAUUUUAUUGCAUAUGUCAGAGCUUGUUCUGAGAGAGAGAGAGAGAGAGAGAGAGAGAGAGAGAGAGAGAGAGAGAGAGAGAGAGAGAGAGAGAGAAACUGCAUUAAUUUAAAAAAAAUCUAUAUAUGGACACAGACAUCCAGAUUUACAGUCAGGUCCGGAGUGGCUAAUCGGGAAGAUCGGGAGAAUUCCCGCUGGGCCGGUCAAAAAUAGGGCCGGUUAGGUCCGCAUGUUGAUUGACAAACCUUCAUGUGUUGCAUAACAAUUGCCAGCAGUCAGUAACGUCCUGUAUUUAAGGGAUCAGAAUUGCGUUUCGUAUAAUAGCGGACGCAGUCUGUAUUUUAUGAUUUCACACACAAACAAAUGAGAGAGUAUCCUGUGAGAGACGAAACUGAUGUGCUUCACUUGACAGCACGGGAAGGAUCACGGAAGAUCCAUCGAGAACAGAUAGGCUACUAAUAGCUGAAUGGAUGAACGUGCUUCAGGUACAACAUCAUCACAAGUUUAAUACUGACUGCAGUCUCACAAUCUCAAUCAAUUAAUCUCUGAAAUCCUCUUCCCUAGCAGUGCAGAAUGAUAAUAGCACAAUUAUUUUUUGUCACAAAAUAACAGAAUACUUAAAGUAAAUGAAUACAGAUGCAACAGCACGACACGGUACGAAAAUAAUGGGACUUUACAGUCUCAAAAGUUUAAACUAAAUUAAAUGUUGAAUCAUGCGAUGAAACCCUCUUAAAGAGACAGUAACCAUUUUGCCUUUGUCCUGAAAAUUUACAAUCCAAGUAAAAGAAAAGUACAAAUGUGUUAUUUGUAGUCAUUUAUUUCACUCUUAUCAUUGUAAAAUGGCACGUUUUUGAAUGGAAUGUAAAAAAAAUUUAAAACAAUCACGCAACUUGUUUCAGUGGAUCUGUUGCUAUUUUAAUUAUCUAAAAUACAAAGCACUGACCAUUUAAAGUGUGAGCCUGUACAUCUUGAAAGAGUUAUAAACAUUUACAGUUCUAUAGUGUAAUUAUUUGCCUAGAGAGUCUUUAAAAUAAACUUAG